UAUCAUAUCCUUGCCCACUCAUGAAUCUGAUGAAUAGUUUGACAUUUUUAGAAUGGAUUAUGUAUUUCACUACAGUAAAUCUAUAAUUUUAUGAUGGUUCAUUUUCACCGAAAUUUGGCUGCACCUUGACAGCAGACUAUGUGCUAAACUGCUAAUUUAUAAUAGAGUUUAUAGAACAGAGCAAUAUACAAUUCCAAAAAUGUGCACUAUGCUGUUACUGAGAUAAAUCUCCUGAUACAGUAUGGAGGGAAUUUGUGUGGGGAGCAAUGCAGGCGCAUUUGGAGAAGGCAUGAUGCAUCCAGUUGACACCAUGAAAACAAGGCUUCAGAGUCAAGCUAUAAUGUCAGGUGCUAAGGCUCAGAAGAAUAUUUUUCAGAUGGUUAGGACAGUUUGGGCUUCUGAUGGAUUGAGAGGUUUUUACAGGGGAGUUAGUCCAGGCAUUACUGGUUCACUUGCUACAGGUGCAACAUAUUUUGGUGUUAUUGAAUCAACAAAGACAUGGCUGGAGAACAAUAAUCCUAAUCUUAGUGGUCAUUGGUCUCACUUUAUUGCUGGAGGAAUUAGAGAUACACUUGGAUCUUUUAUCUAUGUGCCUUUUGAAGUUAUGAAGCAACAGAUGCAAGUCCAAGGCUCCAGCAAAUCUUGGGCACUAAAUGCUACAAAAGGGAAUUUUUCUCAAUCUCCUGGUACUCAGAUGUAUGGUUACUAUAAUGGAAUGUUCCAUGCUGGCUCUUCUAUCUGGAGAGAUCAUGGUGUGAAGGGACUCUAUGCAGGGUACUGCCACUGACUGUUUGUUGCUAGAAUAACAACUUCUGUUUUCUAGAGAGAAAAAAAGAGUUUUAUUGGUCUGGCAUAAGAAAACAUACACUCGAAUACUGUGAGUCUGAAAUCGGUCGAGUUGGAACUGAAAUUUUAAAAUGAAGAUUCAGAAAUGAAA